UUUCUUGCUGCUGACAAUGGAGAUUCAGAGAAUCAGACGUUUUGUCUUGGUAUUGUUUAUCCUGAGAACUGUACCAACUAUUAUGGCUCCCAUUCUGUUGAAUGCCUAAAAACAAUAUGGUUUUCUGUGCAAUGUUUGGUAGAAGGAUCUAAAUAUCCUGAAAAGAGGAAUGAAGAUGAAUUAAAUCGUUUGGACACUUUGACUAUUAGGGAUGUAAUAAUGGAAUUCAACAAUACAUAUAUAACUGCAGAUGCUGGUGAUCCAGAGAACCAAAUGUAUUGCAUUGGAUUUGCAUAUCCUGAAAAUUGUGAAAACUAUUAUGGUCCUCAUUCUAUCAAAUGUUUGGAAACAGUGUGGUUGUCUGCCAGGUGUUUGAAUGAUGGAAGCAAAUAUCCAGAAAAAAGGGAUGAAACUGAUUUAGCUCGUUUAGAUACAUUAAAUAUAAGAGAAGUGAUAUUUGAAUUUGACAACACUUUCCUUGCUGCUGACAAUGGUGAACCAAAUAAUCAAACUUAUUGUUUUGGAAUGAUAUAUCCCAAGAAUUGUACCAACUAUUAUGGACCUCAUUCAAUCGCCUGUUUGGAAACAGUAUGGAUAUCUGCAAAAUGCUUGUCAGAUGGUACUAAAUAUCCAGAGAAAAGAAAUUCGUCAGAUCUAUCGCGAAUGGAUAAUUUGAAUAUCAGAGAGGUCAUUCUGGAAUUCAACUUCACAUUUACUACUGCUGACAAUGGGGAUGAAGAAAAUCAAACGCAUUGUCUUGGCAUUGUUUAUCCUGCUAAUUGUAACAAUUACUAUGGUCCACACUCUGUUGAAUGUCUUGAAACAAUUUGGUUAUCUUCAAAAUGCUUGGAAGAAGGAAAUAAAUUUCCUGUAAAAAGAGAUGAAGUUGAAUUGGGACGAUUGGAUGAAUUAAAUAUAAGACAAGUUAUUGCCGAGUUCAAUCAAACUUUUGUUGCUGCAGACAAUGGAGAUUCAGAGAGUCAGACUUUCUGUCUUGGCAUUGUUUAUCCUGCAAAUUGUACAAAUUACUAUGGUCCACAUUCUAUUGACUGCUUGAAAACAAUAUGGUUGUCUGCUAAAUGCUUGGGAGAUGGAAGCAAAUAUCCAUCAAAGAGAGAAUCUUCAGAUCUUACGAGAUUGGAUGCUUUGAAUAUAAGGGAAGUAAUCCUCGAGUUCAACAACACAUUUGCAGCUGCUGACAGUGGUGAUGUUGCUAAUCAGACAUUUUGUCUUGGCAUUGUUUAUCCAGCCAAUUGUAAUAAUUAUUAUGGUCCUCAUUCUGUUAAAUGUCUGGAAACAAUUUGGUUGUCUGCUAAAUGUUUGGAAGAAGGAAGCAAAUAUCCUGAAAAAAGAGAUGAAGUUGAAUUACAUCGCUUAGAUGAGUUGGAUAUAAGACAAGUUAUUGCUGAGUUCAAUGAGAUAUUUCUUGCUGCUGACAAUGGAGAUUCAGAGAAUCAGACGUUUUGUCUUGGUAUUGUUUAUCCUGAGAACUGUACCAACUAUUAUGGCUCCCAUUCUGUUGAAUGCCUAAAAACAAUAUGGUUUUCUGUGCAAUGUUUGGUAGAAGGAUCUAAAUAUCCUGAAAAGAGGAAUGAAGAUGAAUUAAAUCGUUUGGACACUUUGACUAUUAGGGAUGUAAUAAUGGAAUUCAACAAUACAUAUAUAACUGCAGAUGCUGGUGAUCCAGAGAACCAAAUGUAUUGCAUUGGAUUUGCAUAUCCUGAAAAUUGUGAAAACUAUUAUGGUCCUCAUUCUAUCAAAUGUUUGGAAACAGUGUGGUUGUCUGCCAGGUGUUUGAAUGAUGGAAGCAAAUAUCCAGAAAAAAGGGAUGAAACUGAUUUAGCUCGUUUAGAUACAUUAAAUAUAAGAGAAGUGAUAUUUGAAUUUGACAACACUUUCCUUGCUGCUGACAAUGGUGAACCAAAUAAUCAAACUUAUUGUUUUGGAAUGAUAUAUCCCAAGAAUUGUACCAACUAUUAUGGACCUCAUUCAAUCGCCUGUUUGGAAACAGUAUGGAUAUCUGCAAAAUGCUUGUCAGAUGGUACUAAAUAUCCAGAGAAAAGAAAUUCGUCAGAUCUAUCGCGAAUGGAUAAUUUGAAUAUCAGAGAGGUCAUUCUGGAAUUCAACUUCACAUUUACUACUGCUGACAAUGGGGAUGAAGAAAAUCAAACGCAUUGUCUUGGCAUUGUUUAUCCUGCUAAUUGUAACAAUUACUAUGGUCCACACUCUGUUGAAUGUCUUGAAACAAUUUGGUUAUCUUCAAAAUGCUUGGAAGAAGGAAAUAAAUUUCCUGUAAAAAGAGAUGAAGUUGAAUUGGACCGAUUGGAUGAUUUAAAUAUAAGACAAGUUAUUGCCGAGUUCAAUGAAACUUUUGUGGCUGCAGACAAUGGGGAUUCAUACAAUCAGGCUUUUUGUUUUGGCAUUGUUUAUCCUUUCAAUUGUACAAAUUACUACGGCCCUCAUUCUAUUGACUGCUUGAAAACAAUAUGGUUGUCUGCUAAGUGCUUGGCAGAUGGAAGCAAAUAUCCAUCAAAGAGAGAAUCUUCAGAUCUUGCGAGAUUAGAUGAUUUGAAUAUAAGGGAAGUUAUCCUCGAGUUCAACAACACAUUUGCAGCAGCUGACAGUGGUGAUGUAGCUCAUCAGACAUUUUGUCUAGGCAUUGUUUAUCCUACUAAUUGUAAUAAUUAUUAUGGUCCUCAUUCUGUUGAAUGUCUGGAAACAAUAUGGUUGUCUGCUAAAUGUUUGGAAGAAGGAAGCAAGUAUCCAGAAAAAAGAGAUGAAGCUGAACUAGUUCGAUUGGAUGAUUUAGAUUUAAGACAAGUAAUUGAUGAGUUCAAUGAAACAUUUAUCGCUGCAGAUAGUGGAGAUUCAGAUAACCAGACAUUUUGUCUUGGAAUUGUUUAUCCUGCCAAUUGUACAAAUUACUAUGGUCCACAUUCUAUUGACUGCUUGAAGACAAUAUGGUUGUCUGCUAAAUGCCUGGAAGAAGGAAGCAACUACCCAUCAAAAAGAGAAUCUUCAGAUCUUGAGAGAUUGGAUGCUUUGAAUAUAAGGGAAGUGAUUCUUGAGUUCAAUUACACAUUUGCAACUGCUGACAAUGGUGAUGUAUCUAAUCAAACAUUUUGUCUUGGCAUUGUUUAUCCAACCGAUUGUAUUAAUUACUAUGGCCCUCAUUCUGUUGAAUGUCUGGAAACAAUUUGGUUGUCCGCUAAAUGUUUGGAAGAAGGAAGCAAAUAUCCCGAAAAAAGAGAUGGAGCUGAACUGGUUCGAUUGGAUGAAUUAGAUUUAAGACAAGUUAUUGAUGAAUUCAAUGAAACAUUUAUCGCUGCAGAUAAUGGAGAUUCAGACAACCAGACAUUUUGUCUUGGAAUUGUUUAUCCUGCCAAUUGUACAAAUUACUAUGGUCCACAUUCUAUUGACUGCUUGAAGACAAUAUGGUUUUCUGCUGAAUGCCUGGAAGAAGGAAGCAAAUAUCCAUCAAAAAGAGAUUCUUCAGAUCUUGAGAGAUUGGAUGCUUUGAAUAUAAGGGAAGUGAUUCUUGAGUUCAAUUAUACAUUUGCAGCCUCUGACAGUGGUGAUGUAGCUAAUCAAACAUUUUGUCUUGGAAUUGUUUAUCCUGCCAAUUGUAAUAAUUACUAUGGCCCUCAUUCUGUUGAAUGUCUGGAAACAAUUUGGUUGUCCGCUAAAUGUUUGGAAGAAGGAAGCAAAUAUCCCGAAAAAAGAGAUGGAGCUGAACUGGUUCGAUUGGAUGAAUUAGAUUUAAGACAAGUUAUUGAUGAGUUUAAUCAAACAUUUAUUGCUGCAGAUAAUGGAGAUUCAGAUAACCAGACGUUUUGUCUCGGAAUUGUGUAUCCUGCCAAUUGUACAAAUUACUAUGGUCCACAUUCUAUUGACUGCUUGAAGACAAUAUGGUUGUCUGCUAAAUGCCUGGAAGAAGGAAUCAAAUACCCAGAAAAAAGAGAUUCUGCAGAUCUUGCUAGAUUAGAUGAUUUGAAUAUAAGGGAAAUGAUUCUUGAGUUCAAUUACACAUUCGCAACUGCUGACAGUGGUGAUGUAUCUAAUCAAACAUUUUGUCUUGGCAUUGUUUAUCCAACCGAUUGUAUUAAUUACUAUGGCCCUCAUUCUGUUGAAUGUCUGGAAACAAUUUGGUUGUCCGCUAAAUGUUUAGAAGAAGGAAGCAAAUAUCCCGAAAAAAGAGAUGAAGCUGAACUAGUUCGAUUGGAUGAAUUAAAUUUAAGACAAGUUAUUGAUGAAUUCAAUGAAACAUUUAUCUCUGCAGAUAAUGGAGAUUUGGACAACCAGACCUUUUGUCUUGGAAUUGCUUAUCCUGCCAAUUGUACAAAUUACUAUGGUUCACAUUCUAUUGACUGCUUGAAAACAAUAUGGUUGUCUGCUAAAUGCCUGGAAGAAGGAAGCAAAUACCCAUCAAAAAGAGAUUCUUCAGAUCUUGAGAGAUUGGAUGCUUUGAAUAUAAGAGAAGUGAUCCUUGAGUUCAAUUAUACAUUUGCAGCCUCUGACAGUGGUGAUGUAGCUAAUCAAACAUUUUGUCUUGGAAUUGUUUAUCCUGCCAAUUGUAAUAAUUACUAUGGCCCUCAUUCUGUUGAAUGUCUGGAAACAAUUUGGUUGUCCGCUAAAUGUUUGGAAGAAGGAAGCAAAUAUCCCGAAAAAAGAGAUGGAGCUGAACUGGUUCGAUUGGAUGAAUUAGAUUUAAGACAAGUUAUUGAUGAAUUCAAUGAAACAUUUGUCGCUGCAGAUAAUGGAGAUUCAGACAACCAGACAUUUUGUCUUGGAAUUGUUUAUCCUGCCAAUUGUACAAAUUACUAUGGUCCACAUACUAUUCACUGCUUGAAGACAAUAUGGUUUUCUGCUAAAUGCCUGGAAGAAGGAAGCAAAUACCCAUCGAAAAGAGAUUCUUCAGAUCUUGUCAGAUUAGAUGCUUUGAAUAUAAGGGAAGUGGUUCUUGAGUUCAAUUACACAUUUGCAACUGCUGACAAUGGUGAUGUAUCCAAUCAAACAUUUUGUCUUGGCAUUGUUUAUCCAACCAAUUGUUUUAAUUACUAUGGCCCUCAUUCUGUUGAAUGUCUGGAAACAAUUUGGUUGUCCGCUAAAUGUUUGGAAGAAGGAAUCAAAUAUCCAGAGAAAAGAGAUGAAGCUGAACUAGUUCGAUUGGAUGAAUUAGAUUUAAGACAAGUUAUUGAUGAGUUUAAUCAAACAUUUAUCGCUGCAGAUAAUGGAGAUUCAGAUAACCAGACGUUUUGUCUCGGAAUUGGUAAUUAUCAAAGAUCAUUGAACAUUCACUCAUUUGUAUCCUGCAAUUGUACAAAUUACUAUGGUCCACAUUCUAUUGACUGCUUGAAGACAAUAUGGUUGUCUGCUAAAUGCCUGGAAGAAGGAAUCAAAUACCCAGAAAAAAGAGAUUCUGCAGAUCUUGCUAGAUUAGAUGAUUUGAAUAUAAGGGAAAUGAUUCUCGAGUUCAAUUACACAUUCGCAACUGCUGACAGUGGUGAUGUAUCUAAUCAAACAUUUUGUCUUGGCAUUGUUUAUCCAACCGAUUGUAUUAAUUACUAUGGCCCUCAUUCUGUGGAAUGUCUGGAAACAAUUUGGUUGUCCGCUAAAUGUUUAGAAGAAGGAAGCAAAUAUCCAGAAAAAAGAGAUGAAGCUGGACUAGUUCGAUUGGAUGAAUUAAAUUUAAGACAAGUUAUUGAUGAAUUCAAUGAAACAUUUAUCUCUGCAGAUAAUGGAGAUUCGGACAACCAGACCUUUUGUCUUGGAGUUGCUUAUCCUGUCAAUUGUACAAAUUACUAUGGUCCACAUUCUAUUGACUGCUUGAAAACAAUAUGGUUGUCUGCUAAAUGCCUGGAAGAAGGAAGCAAAUACCCAUCAAAAAGAGACUCUUCAGAUCUUGAGAGAUUGGAUGCUUUGAAUAUAAGAGAAGUGAUCCUUGAGUUCAAUUAUACAUUUGCAGCCUCUGACAGUGGUGAUGUAGCUAAUCAAACAUUUUGUCUUGGAAUAGUUUAUCCUGCCAAUUGUAAUAAUUACUAUGGCCCUCAUUCUGUUGAAUGUCUGGAAACAAUUUGGUUGUCCGCUAAAUGUUUGGAAGAAGGAAGCAAAUAUCCUGAAAAAAGAGAUGGAGCUGAACUGGUUCGAUUGGAUGAAUUAGAUUUAAGACAAGUUAUUGAUGAAUUCAAUGAAACAUUUGUCGCUGCAGAUAAUGGAGAUGCAGACAACCAGACAUUUUGUCUUGGAAUUGGUAAUUAUCAAAGAUUAGUAAACAUUUACUCAUUGUUGGUUUAG